AAAUGUUUUUUUUCUUUAAUAGGAUUAUAGGUUGUUAUAUGGGAUGGAAGAGAGGGUUGAUUUUAAUUUCCAUUCCAUAGAUGGGAUUGCAUCUGCUCAGAAGGAAAGUAUCAGUCCAGAACUGCAUGAGGGAGGGGAAGACUAUUGGCAUGCUAAGGGGAACUACCCAAAUGUAUUUGAAGAACAGGAUGGAGCUACUGAAGGUUAUCAGGUCUCUGGAGCCAGGACUGUCACGUCCUUCCAGCCUGAAAGAAUCACAAGCAACCUUCUCCUUCCAUCUCCCAAUGCCGAGAAAUCUAAAUACCUGAAGAAGAACGAUCCUGCUAUCUCUCAGAUUUCUCAACAGAUCUCAUUUCUGAAGAAGAAGACAGAGAUGUCUUACUCAUCUUUAUUGCCUGAUGAUAUGCUGAAACGGAUGUUCUUGGGACAGCCACAUCAAGUGGAAGUGUAUAAGAAAAUGUCCGACAAAGUUUCUCUUCUGUCUGGUGCUAUCAAGAGCGGGGAUGGUAAUGCAGUACUUGCAGCGCUUCUACACCUGAGGAAAACACUGAAGAAGAGCCUUUUCCAGAAACUCCUGCUGGAGCAAGUUGUUGCAGCAGAUCACUACAUUGAGUAUCUCAAGAUUCGUUAUGAACAUCAAGAACUGCUGGAUCUUUUGGCGGUGCUGGACCGUGUAGAGGAGGCUGCUAUGCUCAAGUUUUCCUUGGCUAUGAGCAAGGUGGAUCCAGAGAGUCGUCUCAAGGCUUUGCAGAAUGCGCAUAGAACUCACUUCUUAGGGAAUCCUGUCCUGUCUCAAGAGGCCUCCUCUGUCUUGGAGGAGAUAAGGCUAUUAGAGCAACAGAUGCCGAUAGCAAGUUUUGAUUCAGCCAGAAACCUCAGCAAGGAGAAGGAGCAGGGGAAUGGCCUACAAGAUCAAAAGAGUGUGAUUGGGAGCUCUUUAUUGGGAACAAUUUGUUAUUGUGUGGAACACCAUUGGAAAAUGCGGGAAAAUCAUCUUGCAUCUCCAUUGAACGUGAAGAAGACAUUUGCAUUGAAAGAACGUCAGUUUCUCUGGCCUGCACUUCAUGGGCUAGCCAAGUCUUCUCUGUGGCCAGAGAUAGAAUCCCUCCUUCUUGCCAAGGGAUUUCUUCGGCGACCACAUCUGAAGAUGCCAGUGACUCUGGAGUAUUUGUUGGAUAUUCUGGAAAGAAAUGGUGGACCAGAGAGAGCUAUGGCCUUGUACAUUCAAGCUGCAGGAAUGGAACCUGAUGUUACAGCUCGUUUGGCUGCACAAUACAAAUGCUCCCAAUAUCUUUCUUCAAACCACGAUUUUGGCAUAAUUAUUUGUGACAUGGCGCCACAACUCUCCAUUGAAGCCACGGAGGCCCUUAAUACCAGCUUCCGUGAUCGACCUUGCCUCCCGACCGGUCCAUCAGGAAUCGGAUGCAUUCGGGGUCAGGAUUGGGUUGGUGGGACCAGUGGAAGAAAGGUAUGUCGAGUUUGUGGUUUGGAGGAGAGGCUUCAGGAGCUAUCGGGGAGGCUAAUUAACGUCGAGGAGGAGAUUAAAGGGAUCAGGAAGGAGGUGCGCGAGAUGCCAAGGGAUGAUUUAAUGGCGAGGCUAGUUAGAGUGGAUGAGGCUCUGCGGGAGUUCCCCAGCCUCUCAGAUAGUUCUGGGAGGGGGACUCUUUCGCCCUUUGACAGCGUGAGAAGUGCUGGCUCCCAGGUGUCUGAUAAUUGGGCUCAGGUUGUAAAGGGGACGAAGGCUCGCCGAUCCCAGGAGACAGGGUGGACACGAAGUCCCUGCAUCGACUCCAUCCUCCUCCUGGAGGAAGGAUUCGAGCUCGUCUCAGUGGAUGCGUCAGAUAAGAUGCUCAAAUAUGCCCUCAAGACUCGCUGGAAUCGACGCAAGGAACCAGCCUUCGAUCAAUGGGGU